ACCAGGGUUGGGAUUGUACUGUGCAGGGCACUGCAGUGACAUGCUGCGUCGGAGCUUCCAAGUUGUUAGGUUACGUUGACCAACGACAUCCGCUCACUCUACGCGGUGAUGGUCCGGUGUCAACCAGCAAGCCGCGGGAGCAACUGAAGUCAAGCGAGUCUCGACAGAGUAAUUCCCCUAGCCAGGACUCUUUGACCUACGGCAAAAUGCGUUUCGCCGUUUCAUGUCCAAUGCUUUCCACCAGAACACCCCGCCGCUGAACCCCGCCUGAGCCCGAAUUGCACGAUCGACGGUCACGAGCAUCGACGAGACGUCAAGCCCCAAGUCGAGUAUUGGGAAGCGAGGACUACCGAGCUUGCAGCGGUUUCUUUUAAGGCGGAUAGGUAAUAAUAUACACCAAUAUCAACCAUGUUCGAGAAGUCGCUGUACGACCUCAUCCGAGGCCUGCGAAACCACAAAGGCAACGAGAAGGAAUACAUUCAGACCAGCUUGAAAGAAUGCCGUUCCGAAAUCCGCAGUCAGGACAUGGACGUCAAGGCAACGGCCUUGCUCAAACUCGUCUACCUCGAGAUGCUUGGGCACGACAUGUCCUGGGCCUCGUUCCAUGUCCUUGAGGUCAUGUCGUCCCAGAAAUACCACCAAAAACGAGUUGGCUAUCUUGCAGCUGUCCAGAGUUUCCGCCCGGACACUGAUGUUCUCAUGAUGGCAACAAACCUGUUGAAGAAAGACGUGGCUGCAUCGCUACCGAUCAUUAUUUCCCUCCCGAUCGGUGCGCUCCCUCACAUCGUCACCCCCUCCCUGGCCAUGUCACUGCUCGGUGACUUGCUACCUCGCCUCGGUCAUUCGCAUGCCGCUAUUCGAAAAAAGACGGUGGUCACCCUCUACCGGUUAGCAUUGGUAUACCCAGAAGCACUCCGUGCCUCCUGGCCCAAAAUCAAAGAGCGCCUGAUGGACCCGGAGGAGGACUCGAGCGUGACGGCGGCUAUUGUAAAUGUGGUAUGCGAACUGGGGUGGCGAAGGCCGCAUGACUUCCUUCCGCUCGCACCCCGGCUGUUUGAGCUUUUGGUCGAUGGAGGAAAUAACUGGAUGGCAAUAAAGCUGAUCAAGCUUUUUGCUACUUUGACGCCUCUGGAGCCGAGGCUGGUGCGCAAGCUGCUGCCACCUUUGACCAACCUUAUUCGAACUACCCCGGCAAUGUCUUUGCUGUAUGAGUGUAUCAACGGCAUCAUCCAGGGCGGCAUCCUCGGAGACGGGGAAGACUUUUCCGCGAGGGAAGAGGUAGCCUCACUGUGCGUCACGAAGCUGCGGGGCAUGGUGUCCGCCAGCAGCGAUCCAAACCUCAAAUACGUGGCGCUCCUCGCGUUCAAUCGGAUUGUCGUCACUCACCCAUUUCUUGUCGCGCAACAGGAGGAUGUGAUCCUUGAGUGCAUCGAUAGUGAAGAUAUUACAAUCAGGAUAAAAGCCCUCGACUUGGUGCAGGGGAUGGUCAGCAGCGACAACCUAGUGACGAUUGUUAGCCGCCUGAUGAGGCAGCUUAAAGCAUCGUCGACGACACUCAACCAACAGCAAAAUGGUCUCGAGGGCCAGGGUCUCGAGACAGACUCGAGCGACGAGGGAAGCGCGGAUUCCAAACGCCGACGCAAGGCGCUAGACCGCGCUCCUCCUCUGCCGGACAACUACACGGUCGACGUCAUCGGCCGCAUUCUCAUGAUGUGCACUCAGAAUAACUACGCCAACAUAGUCGAUUUUGACUGGUACAUAGACGUUAUCAGUCAGCUUCUGCGAGUUGCCCCUGCACCGCGAGCCAAAGAUCUUGACGGCGGCUUAUCACCUUUAAAGGUCCCCGGCGACAUCUCCGAGAAAAUCGGCAACGAGCUCAGGAAUGUCGCCGUCAAAGUCAAGGCCAUCAGAGCCGUCUCUGUAAGGGCCGCUGAGCUCGUCGUAUCCCGGAUGGGCUCGGAAAUUUCGCUUUCCCAGCCUGUGGUUUCAGGGGCACUCAAGCCCAUUGCGUGGGUGCUUGGAGAGUACGCCUCGCAGCUGCUAUCUCCUGACGACUCCCUGCGGUAUUUGCUGGACAUUGUCCCCCGAAUUGGGGACCCCGAGGUUCUAGCAACGUGUCUGCAAGCUGUUUUGAAGCUGUUUGCCCAUGUUAGCGGAGAUGAUCAGGCACUCUGGACCUCGGAAAGAAAGUCGACAGUGUCAUUACUGAUGGCCCGCAUCAUCCACGUCCUGGAGCCGUUUUCGUCACACCCGUAUCUGGAGGUCCAGGAGCGUGCUGUUGAGUUCAUCGAGCUGCUCAAGCUGACGGCCGAAGCAGCAGCCGGCCAAGCAACAUCUACCGACGAGGUACAGCAGGAUCCGCCAUUGCUUCUCACUCAGGCUAUCCCCUCACUCUUCGCUGGAUGGGAGCUCAACUCAGUUGCUGCGGGAACGCAACAGAACGUGCCGGUCCCAGAUGACUUGGAUCUCGACGAGCCGAUCCACCCCAACCUGAACAGUCUCUUAGCGCAGGCGGACUCGUUAAUGCUGCCGGUGCAGGGUGACGACGAGUUUGAAGCCUACUACAACGAGAAACCACCAGCCACAAGCAUGUCUAGCGAGCCGGCGAUCAAGAGGCUCGUCGACGCACCAGAGGAAGUCUCCAGUUCAUACCAACAGUCGGAAGAGAGCUACCUUGACUCGGACAUUAUCGCACGGAGAAAGGCGGAGCGCAUGGAGCGCUACCGCGAUGACCCUUUCUACAUCCCCGACUCCACCGCAUCCGGCGGCAGAUCAACACCAAUCCACAACAUCCUCCAGAAAGAAAACGGCCCCGACCUCGACAUCGAUUCGAUCCCCAUCAUGCAACUCGACCUCGACAAGCCAAACCCCCAGGGCCGCGCCAGUCCAGCCCAACACCAACAACAACAACUGCGCCCCAAGUCAAAACCCAACCAACGCAUCGUCGUAGCAGCGGAUGAGACCCUCGGCGGAAGCGGCCUCUCCACGCCACGCACCACCACGUACGACUCGGAACACAGCUCAGAACCGUCCCUCGCGGCGAAGUCUAGGACGGCGGUCGCCAAGAAGCUCAAACAGCACUCUCUCCUGCAGAUCACGUCAAGCCAUCUCAGCGAUCUAGCCCUCGGGGAGGAAGGAGCGGGCCAGUCUGGCGGCGGCGGGCCGCUGGCGCACGAGCGGCAGCAACGGGAGGAAGCGGAAAUGGCGCAGGCGCUGAAGGAGGUGCAGCGCCUGCGGCUGGAGAUGCAGAGGGCCAACGAGAGAAUACAGAUUGCGCAGGGGGUGCCGGUGGAGGGGGUGGUGGUUAGGAAGAAGAAGACGACAAAGAAGGUGGUGAAGGCGGAUGAGGGGCAGCGGGAAGAAGGGAUAAGGGGAGGUGAAGGGCUUCCAGAAGGGGAAGGGGUGAAGCCUAAGACGAAAAAGAAGAAGAAAGUCAGGGUCGAAGGGCAGGAGGGUGCUGGGGGUGGGAACGGGGAGCCGGUGGUUAAGGCCAAGAAGAAGGUUAAGAAAGUGGUGCAGUUGAAUGAAGGGGAAGGGGCUGCAGCUGCUGCGGAGGGGCAAUAGAUGGGUUUGAUAUCAGGAAACAGAAGAAGCUAUACAACUGUGUCAAACCGACUGUUGGUAUCGUAAAUGCGUGCUUCCAUCAACCAAGUCUAUCCC